GAGAUAACUGGCUUGCUGACAUAAAGUCAUCAUUGAACUUACACACUACUUCCACCCAUUCUCUCUCUUUUCUAUAUAAUCUCAACCCACACGGCCCCCCUUUCCACUCCUCCACAACUCCACCCCCUGCUUUUCAUCAUCAUCAUCAUCCCCUUCUUACUCUCUCUCAACUGCACCUCAAUCUCACUCCCUCGUUACCCAACUUCUUCAUCGGUUAAAUUUUAUAAAGCUAGAUAUGAUGGUUCAAAAGGAAGAUUUGGGUUUGAGUCUAAGCCUCAACUUCCGUCACAAUAUUCCCAAUCCUCAACAUCUUACUCUCAUCUCCUCCUCUACUCAUUCGUCUUCCCCUUCCGCUUCAAAUCCUUUUAAACCCUCUUGGAACGACGCUUUCGCCUCCUCCGAUCGAAACUCGGACUCAUGCAGAGGCGAAACCCGAUCGUUCCUGCGCGGAAUCGACGUGAAUCGGUUACCUUCGGCCGUGGACAUGGAAGAGGAAGCGGGAGUUUCGUCUCCGAACAGCACCGUUUCGAGCGUGAGCGGAAAACGAAGCGAGCGAGAACCCAACGGCGAAGAACACGACAUGAACAGAGCCUGUUCCCGCGGAAUCAGCGACGAAGAAGACGGCGAAACCUCAAGGAAAAAACUGAGACUCUCCAAAGACCAAUCAGCUAUUCUGGAAGAAAGUUUCAAAGAGCACAAUACCCUCAACCCGAAGCAAAAACUUGCACUGGCAAAACAGCUAGGCCUUCUACCAAGACAGGUUGAGGUGUGGUUUCAGAACCGAAGAGCAAGGACUAAGCUGAAGCAAACCGAGGUGGACUGCGAGGUGUUGAAAAGGUGCUGCGAGAAUCUGACGGAGGAAAAUAGAAGGUUGCAGAAGGAAGUCCAGGAGCUUAGAGCACUGAAACUUUCCCCUCAGUUUUACAUGCAAAUGACCCCUCCCACCACACUCACCAUGUGCCCAUCUUGCGAGCGGGUGGCUGUGCCGUCGUCGACCGUGGAUGCCGCCACGCGUCAUCAUCCCAUGGGCCAGGCCCAGAGCCACAGUCGGGCCCUAGGCAUGGGGCCGUGGGGUUCGGCAGCUUCCAUUCCGCAGCGGGGCUUCGAUGGUUUCCACCACUGAUUGUGAAUAAUCUAUGGUAGCAGUAGGGUGUAGGUGAAAGAUGGGGGAAACAGUGAGAGGUAUGGAUCUAGGACACGGUGAUUAGAAGAAGGGUUCUGGUGGGUUUCCAAUGUUUUGUACCACUUUGACUCAUGAUCUUUUGUUUUUUGCUUGGAUGACCCGUAUUAGUUAGGAGGUUUUCAGUUUUUAAUAUUACUUAACCUUUUCCCAUCUCAACACUAAACACACACUUUGUGUAAAGUGCAAUUGUCUAGUUAAAUUAAAUUAUAUACCCUGUUUUUCUCAAA